AUGUUCCUUCCAUGGCUGAUCAAGCCUCUUGCCGCCGCCACCGCCAUCGUCUUCUCCACCCUCGGCGUUCUGAGUCGACGAUACCAACGAGCCCGAUUUUACUUCCACCUAUCCAUAUAUAUCGGUACUCUGGGUCUUCUGAGUGCUUGGGGAGUAGUGAUAUCUCUCUUUGCGCCUCUUAUCGGACAGCGUCUGAAUAUAAAUUACAUCGUCGCCCGCUCGUUUUAUCAUACCUGUGGUCCCUUGAUUGGAAUAGAAAUUGAAGUAGAAGGUGGAGAGCAUCUCACGAACCUUCAGAAGGCCAAUGGAGGCAAGGGACAAUCUGCCGUCUUAUUGGGAAAUCAUCAGAGCGCUUUAGAUAUCCUUUACUUGGGUCGGAUAUUUCCCCGGGGUGCUAGUAUAAUGGCUAAGCAAGAACUCAAAUGGUCUCCUAUUUUGGGUCAAUAUUUGGCAUUAUCCGGCGCUGUAUUUGUGGAUCGGAGAAAUCGUCAUGAUGCCGUGAAAGCUAUUCAAAAGGCCGGUGACGAUAUGAAGAAGAAAGGGGUCGGUUUGGGUAUCAUUCAGAAUCUGUCAAAGCUGACUAGUAGAUCUCUCUUUGGAUCUUCCCUGAAGGAACUCGUUCCAUGUCGCGCAGAAUGCAAUUUGCUGCCAUUCAAGAAGGGCGCAUUUCAUCUCGCCAUCCAAGCGCAGGUCCCAAUUGUCGCUAUCGUGUGCGAGAAUUAUCAUCGGUUAUUCGAUAGACGAACGAGAAUGGAGAGUGGGCGUCUACGCAUCAAAGUGCUUCCACCAAUCUCUACAGCUGGCUUGACAGUGGAUGACGUCUCUUCCCUGGCCGAAUCUACCCGUCGUCAAAUGUUGGAAACGCUCAUCCAGAUCUCUUCUCCCAGGCCGACACAACCUUCACCUUCACCAAGCAGCAGUAUAGACGAUCUCGAAACUCCUCGGGCGGAGUUCCCACCUGUGCUGGAUAUGACUAAACAGAGACUCACUAGUACUCGACAGGAGAACAGAAGCGAUGGGAGUGAGGAGAAGGGAGGCAGUGAACUGAGUUUGGUGGAUAGCAGAGGGGGAGAGACGACGGAGGACGAGAUGGAUGAAGAUGCGGUUUUGCUCAAGCGUCCCAAGACUAUCUAA